AUGACAAUAAAAGGAAAUAAACCAAAAAAAGGUGAAAUUUCCAGUAGAAAUUUUAUACUGGAUAACAUGCCAAGCUCUCUCUUCUUCACUUUAGUCGUUCCCGUGUUUGUUGACAUGGAAACCCCUUUGCGGCGCCGAAAACAUGAUUCCCUUCAUUGCACGAGCACGUCCGCAGCAACUUUGGCACACACUUCGACAAUAUUCGGGUGCAGUGCUGCCGGACACAGCGGUAUCAACCAAUUGGGUGGCGUUUACGUCAACGGUAGGCCUUUACCAGACAGCACAAGGCAAAAAAUUGUCGAACUCGCACAUUCCGGUGCAAGACCAUGCGACAUAUCGAGAAUAUUACAAGUAUCCAAUGGAUGCGUAUCGAAAAUAUUGGGGAGAGCCAUUGGUGGUUCUAAACCAAGAGUCGCGACAACACCUGUAGUUUCAAAAAUAGCUGAUUACAAACGUGAAUGCCCAUCGAUAUUUGCAUGGGAAAUACGAGAUCGUUUACUAUCGGAGGGUGUUUGUACAAACGACAACAUUCCAAGUGUGUCUUCCAUAAAUCGUGUUUUAAGAAAUUUAGCUGCACAAAAGGAGCAAUCAUCGGCUCAAAAUGAAUCCGUUUAUGAUAAAUUACGAAUGUUUAACGGUCAAGCACCAGGUUGGGCUUGGUACCCGGGUACACCUCCUACAACACAUUUGACAUUACCACCUAAUCCUACGACGACGUUACCCGGACAAAUGUCAAGAGAUGAUUUACAAAAAAGAGCAGCAGGAGCAGGAGGAGGAGGAGGAGGUGAUCUCGGUUCUCAUCAUGGAGAAAAUACAUCCGAUGGAAAUUCUGAACACGGAUCUUCCGGAGAUGAAGAUUCACAAUUAAGAUUAAGACUCAAAAGAAAAUUACAACGUAAUCGAACGUCAUUUACUAACGAACAAAUCGACAGUUUAGAAAAAGAAUUCGAAAGAACUCAUUAUCCGGAUGUAUUUGCCAGAGAAAGGUUGGCAGAAAAAAUUGGUCUUCCUGAAGCAAGAAUACAGGUAUGGUUUAGUAAUAGGAGAGCUAAAUGGAGAAGAGAAGAAAAAUUACGAAAUCAAAGAAGGACGGUCGAACCAGUGGUUAGCCCACCUACGCCAUCUAGUAGGUUACCACUUAAUACAGGUUUUAAUUCAAUGUAUGGUAGCAUACCGCAACCGAUUGCAACUAUGUCGGAAUCUUCGAUGACUUCGAGUUUAAGUUCUAUGAACGGUAGUUGCUUGCAGCAAAGGGAUGCUGCUAGCAGUUAUCCUUACAUGUUUCACGAUCCGCUUCACAGUUUAAGCUCAACUUAUAAUCAUUCUAGAGCUGCUGCAGUUUCUGCUGCUUGUAAUUCAGCAGCAGCACAUCAAAAUUCAGUCAAUACACAUUCGAGUUACGGAACCGUGGGUUCGAGUUCGACCGGACCUUCCGGAACGGGCGUUAUAUCAGCCGGAGUUAGCGUACCCGUUCAAAUCCCGAGUCAAACACCGGAUUCAAUGUCAAAUUAUUGGCCUAGAAUUCAGUGA